GUUGAAAUCAAAUCAAGUAACAUUAACAAAAAGCUCACGCAGCGUUAAGCAAACUACUUCACUACGUUUAGUAGUGGCUGUGUCUGUUCUACAAAAACAAUAACAACGAGCCAUCUUUAUAGGGGUUAUGAUGAAGCUUCUUAUUUUAUUCAUCGCGCUUUGCGUAAGUCAUACAAAUGGAUAUAAAAUACUUGGUAUAUUUCCACAUCCAGCUUUUAGCCAUUUCAAAUUCUUCCAUCCAAUUAUGCGUGCAUUGGCUGAAGCUGGGCAUGAAGUUACAGUAAUUAGUGCCUUUCCUGAAAAAAAUCCACCUGCUAACUACAAGGAUUUACCACUUAACAUAGAUCCUCUUACGAACACUGUUAAUUUAGAGAAAUUUGAAAACCUACCAUUCUACAGCCAUUUCUCUGAGUCAUUUAGUCUUCAGUAUAGAGGCACUGAAGCCUGCAAUCGAACGAUUAACUCUCCAGUCAUAGAUAAAGUUCUGAAAAACAAGAAUCACUAUGAUUUGGUCAUGAUGGAACAGUUCAGCUCGGAUUGUUUAAUUGUUGUGGCUCACAUCCUUAAAGUCCCAGUAAUUGGCUUAAGCAGUUGUGCUCUAAUGCCAUGGCAUUAUGAGCGGGUCGAGAAUCCAAUAAUACCUUCGUUUAUUCCUGCGUUAUUUAUGGCUCAAUCAGAAAAAAUGGACUUUAUGCUACGUGUGGCUAAUUGGGUGUCAUUUCAUGCCCUUGAUUUUCUUUACAAUCAAUAUUCUCACAAAAAAGCAACAGAACUGAUUCGAAAGAAGUUUGGACAGGAUAUACCUUCUACUCAGGAACUAGUGAAGGAGACUUCUUUGAUGUUUGUCAAUCAACACUAUUCUUUAAGCGGUGCUAAGCCUUUGUCGCCAUCAGUCAUUGAACUCGGAGGAAUUCAUAUACAGAAAGCAGAGCCAUUGUAUGCUGAUAUCCAACGUUAUUUAGAUAACGCACCCGAAGGAGUUGUUUUGGUAAGCUGGGGUUCAAUGAUUAGAGCUGAUUCUUUACCUACAGCCAAACGAGAAGCUAUUUUAAAAGGUUUGGAACGUUUGAAGCAGAAAGUCAUUUGGAAAUGGGAGAAUGACACCCUUACCCAUAAACCACCGAAUGUACUAGUUAAGAAGUGGCUGCCUCAAAGGGAAAUACUUUGUCAUCCAAAUGUUAAGGUUUUCAUGACACAUGCAGGUUUGAUGGGCAGCACAGAAGCAGCUUAUUGUGGAGUGCCAGUCGUUGCCACACCAAUUAAUGGCGAUCAGUUCCUUAAUGCAGCCGCUUUCGUACAUAGAGGAAUGGGCACAGUUUUAAAAUAUAAAGACAUAACAGAAGAUUCAGUGGAAAAAGCGAUUCGAUUGGUUCUUCAAGAUCAAUUCAUGAAAAAUGCGAAAAAGGUUUCUUAUGAAUUCAGAAAUCGACCUAAAACUGCCAAGGAAACAGCUGUUUGGUGGGUGGAACAUGUUAUCAAAACCAAAGGAGCUCCUUUGACCAAAUCAGUAUCCAGACAAAUGUCACGUUUUGUUUAUCAUUCGUUGGAUGUUUACUUUUUAUUUGGAUCUGUGAUUUUAGCAGCUGUUUUAACAUGGAUUUGGAUUUUUACUAAAGUCUGUUCUUGGAAAAAGCAGCAACAAGAGAAAGCUAAGACCAGUUAAGAAAAACCAAAAAUAUGUUAUCUUAUAAGGCUGACAAGCUUUAUACUAUCUGAAUGGCUAUUAAAAUAAAUCAGUUCCAUUGUUAUAUCUAUUUCGAAACGUUAAUUAAUAUUAGUAAAUAAAGUAGAACAAUAUUUAA